CCCUGAUGUCACUCGCCGAGGCCACGCCCUUCCCCGGCCUUAAAGGCGCAGGCUCGGGCCGGGGGGCGGUGACGUUCCUUCCCCCGCGCGCCGCGCUCACAGGUCCGGCGGAGAUGCUGCUGCUCAGACCCAUUGUGAGAGGACCCUGGGUCCUCCAGAGAACACCUAGGUUGGCAGCUGUAGCCUGGGGGUCCCACCCACAAGCCUGCACUGCCUGGACCCCCUCCCGCACUCAUGGCACCUGGAGCCCGGGCGACGGCAGCCGGAGAUGGAAGGUCACCGCCGUGGGGGCUCUGCUGGGCCUAGGCGCCGGCCUGGCCUACGGAGAUCACCGCCGGCGGGCGGCGGAGGCCGAGCCAAACGCCGAGGCCGUGCCCGGGGCGCCGUACCCCGUGUUCACCCGCCAGGAGGUGGGGCGGCACCGCAGCCUGGCCGAGCGGGUCUGGGUGACCUACGGGGGCGAGGUCUUCGACAUCACCGACUUCGUGGAGCUGCACCCGGGGGGCAAGAGCAAGAUCCUGCUGGCGGCAGGGGGCGCCCUGGAGCCCUUCUGGGCCAUGUACGCCGUGCACAGCCAGGAGCACGUGCUGGAGAUCCUGCGGGCCUACAAGGUGGGGGAGCUGAGCCCCGAGGAGCAGAGCCAGCCCAGCCAGGGGGACCCCUACUCCGGGGACCCCCCUCGGCACCCCGCCCUCAAAGUCAACAGCCUCAAGCCCUUCAACGCGGAGCCGCCGGCCGAGCUGCUGACCGAGAACUACCUGACGCCCAACCAGCUGUUCUUCAAACGCAACCACCUGCCGGUGCCGGCCGUGGACCCCGCCAGCUACCGGCUGCAGGUGGAGGGGCCUGGGGGCCGGGGGCUGGCGCUCUCGCUGCCCGAGCUCAAGCGCCGCUUUCCCAAGCACGAGGUGACGGUCACCCUGCAGUGCGCCGGGAACCGCCGGUCGGAGAUGAGCCGCGUCCGGCAGGUGAAGGGGCUGGAGUGGGGGGUGGCGGCCAUCAGCACGGCCCGCUGGGGCGGCGUCCGGCUCCGGGAUGUCCUGGCGCACGCCGGCUACGGGGAGGAGGAGGAGGAGGCCGGGGAGCAGCACGUCUGCUUCGAGGGCCUGGAUAAGGACCUGAGUGGGGCGGCCUACGGCGCCUCCAUCCCCUACCGCACGGCCAUGGGCCGCGGGGCCGACGUGCUGCUGGCCUACGAGAUGAACGGCGAGGAGCUGCCGCGGGACCACGGCUACCCGCUGCGGGUGGUGGUGCCGGGCGUGGUGGGCGCCCGCAACGUUAAGUGGCUGGGUCGGGUCUCCGUGAGCCGGGAGGAGAGCCCAAGCCACUGGCAGCGCAACGACUACAAGGGCUUCUCGCCCGCCGUGGACUGGGACACGGUGGAUUUCACCACGGCCCCCGCCAUCCAGGAGCUGCCCGUCCAGUCGGCCAUCACGGAGCCCGCGCCGGGGGCCACCGUCCCGCCCGGGGAGCUGACGGUCAAGGGCUACGCCUGGAGCGGGGGCGGGCGCGGCGUGGUGCGCGUGGACGUCUCGCUGGACGGCGGCCGGACGUGGCGCGUGGCUGAGCUGACGGGCGAGGAGCAGCGGCCGGGCCGGGCCUGGGCCUGGCGCCUGUGGCGGCUCACGGCCCCCGUCCCCCCCGACGCCGCGGAGCUGGACAUCGUCUGCAAGGCCGUGGACGCCAGCUACAACGUGCAGCCCGACACCGUGGAGCCCAUCUGGAACCUGCGGGGGGUGCUGAGCAACGCCUGGCACCGCGUCCGCGUCACCGUGGCUGAGGAUUAACCGGGGAGGGGGGAGCAGGUCCCGGCCGCUCAGUGGGCACCAAUGGCCUGCGGCAGCAUGGGGGGGGGGCAGGGGAGACAUGCGGCCCCCCCAGUGCCCUCUGCCCCCUCCUCGGAUGGAUCGAGAUGGGUGGCAGAGUCGGGGAGGGAGUCCCUGAAACGGAUCCACCCUGCCCCAGGGGGAGCUUGGAGAGGCCGAUUCAGGGACAGACCCUCCCGCAGGCCCCUCCAGGGCUCCCUUUCCGUGGGCCUGGCCUGGGAACGAUCCCCUCUCUGGAGGGGCCUGAUGAGCAGCGACCCCCAGGGAGGAGGCGGGGGGACAGCCGGGCUGGCCCCAGGGUGAGCUAGGAGCCAGGGGCUGCAGCCCUUGGGGAGAUGAGUUUGGUGGGUCUCGGCCUAGUUCCCACGAGGAUGGGGGAGGGGGGCCUUAGCACUGAAAUACCGUUCCUGCUCGCCCCAAGCGGCCCCCCCGCCCCCCCCGACCGGCCUGCGGGGACGGAGCUUAUCCCUGGAGGCAGGUCCCCCCGGCUUGGGCGGGGGCAGGGAGAGGAAGCUGUUCCUGGCCUGGAGCCAGGAUGGCAGUGCCCAGUUCUCCCGCUGGUGCCGUUAUUCCUGCCCACGUUUCCCCCCCCCCGCUCCCCCCAUUAACCUGGCGUAAAAUCCACUCCCCCUUCUGGCAGCCGUCUCCUUCUCCCCACCUGCCCUUGGUGCCCGUGCCGGCCUGUGCCCUCCACCUGCCUUCAGCCCGACGUGCCUUCUGGGUUAGAGCCCGUUCAUCCUCUGCUCCCAGCGCUGCCCCAGCACUCGCCUCCCUCCUGCCGCGUAGCUGGCCUGUUCGCCGACCGAUCCACCGCGUCCUCGGCUCGCUCUUCCCGUCCCAUCCCCGGUGCUGUUCCGGGCCGGGCCAAAGUCCGAUUGCUUUACGGCUGCAGGGAAGUGUCAGACGCAGGCGGCCGUAAAGAUUGUGCCGCGUUUAUGGACUCGUCUCGUUCAUUUACAGGGCAGCUGGCUACCCACCGAGGCUUUGUGGGGUUAACUGUUGCCUGGGGUCAGGCUGAGGUUAAAACCCCGGUGGAAGUCAGGGCUCCCUGAUCUGAGUUCUCCUCGCAGCAGGAGCUGAGCAUGAGUCUGACGAGCUCGUGUCUCGGCCAGGGGAAUGAUCUGAUUUCUAAACGGCUCAAACCACCCCAGCCAUGCUGCCUAGCCUGGCUCUGCUGGUGCCAUCUGCCUCGGGCUGGGAUCAAGAGCUGGGUGAGGGGAUUUUCCUCUGAUUCCCCCCCACUAGGAAAAUGCUACAUAAAUGUCCCCCGUGCUGUGGUCGAUAUCAGUCUGCUGAGAUGUUAAAAGUCAUAAGCCGUACGCUGGCCGGGGAUUCUCCACUAGGAUGUGCGGCUUCCACAAAGUUCAACUUUUUUCACCAGGAAAAUUUCAGGGUUUUUUUUCCCCUGACAUUUUUCAAUUUUCUGUUGAGAAAAUUUGUAAAUAAAAUCUUUUGUCUGAGGCUG